AUGGUUGCCAUUAGGAACAUACUUGCCCCGAUCACCACUGUUUUGGGAGUUGUGAUUAUUAUUCACACCUCCAUUCACUGUUGCCACUGCACCACCGUUCGGAGUUCGGUCAUUCCUCUGGCGUUGAUUAACCUACCUUUGUUGUCCCUAUGUGUCCCCGAACUGAUCUUGCUGGUGUUGUUGCUGGUUCUCAGGCUGAGCCAUCGGGGCAUCCAACACCCUAACAACUUCACCAUGGGGCUUUCGAUAAUGCACCAAAGCCUCGUACACUCUCGAGUAGGGACAGAAAUAGUAGGCUCUUUAGCUUCCAUUCAGCUCAAAUUGCUCAUCAAGGUUAAUGAUCAUCCCAGCAAAGCGAUACGAACCCUCUUUCGCGGCUUUGACGAGGAUGUCUUCAUAAUGGUACUGGCGAUCGGGAUUCGGCUUUUCAAUUCUAUUAAAACAGAUCACGUCCAAACGACAACAAGUCUCAUUUCUAACUGGAAAGACAUAGAGACUGCUAUUGUUAAAAUAUCUUCUCAACAAGAAGUCAUCUGGUAUAUCAAUAGGAGCAGGUUGAGCAUGGGCCCACACCACCGAAACUGCCUGGAAUGGAGUCCGCAUAUACCGCACCCUAAAAGAAACAUUAAGAGACACGUCAACCACCAGCAAGCAAACUGA